CAUCAUGGCUGCCACCUGGACCCUGGAGGACGACAUGUCCUGCCCUGUGUGCUGCGAUGUUUUCACUGACCCUGUGGUGCUGGGCUGCAGCCACAGCUUCUGCAGGAGCUGCCUGGACAACUACUGGAACACUCAGGUCAUCAAAAAGUGCCCCGUCUGCCGCAAACAUUCCCUAACCGACGCUCCACCCAGUAACCUGGCUCUGAGGAACAUCGUGGAGACCUUAGCGAGGGAGAGGAGCCACAAUACCACCAAGCAGGAUGAGACGAGAGAGGGGGAGAAGGAGAGCCAGGGAAGGAGGGAGUCAGGAGGGAGGAGUGGGUUGGUACCGGAUGAGGAUGAAAAGUGCAGUCACCAUGGGAAGAGGUUGUUGUUGUUCUGUGUGGAGGACCAGGAGGCUCUGUGUGCGGUGUGUCAGACCUCCAGGAGACACAGGACUCAUCAGCUCUGCCCUGUGGAUGAAGCUGCUCAGGAACUCAAGGAGGAAGUGAAAGCAUCUAUCAUCCCUCUGAGGAGGAAGUUGGAGACAUUCCAAAAGUUGAAGGAGGAUUGCAUGAAAACAGCAGAACACAUCAAGAGCCAGGCCAAGCAAGCAGAAAGGAAGAUAAGAGAUGAGUUUGUGGCACUGCAUCAAUUCCUGCGCCUGGAGGAAGUUGCCCGGCUGUCUGCCCUCUCUGAGGAAGUGGACAUAAAGACAGUUAUAAUGGCAGAGAAGAUUGAACACCUGGCCAAGAAGAUGACCUCCUUGACCAGCAACAUCAGAGAGAUAGAACAGGAUAUAGAGGCAAACGACCUUCCAUUUCUCCAGGCUUACAAGAACAACAAAGCAAGGGCCAACUGUACAUUGCAGGAUCCAGAGCCUGUGUCAGGGGCAUUGAUCGAUAUGGCCCAACACCUGGGCAACCUAAGGUUCAAGAUCUGGGAGAAGAUGCAGGAGAAAGUGCAAUACACCCCAGUGACUAUGGACCCCAACACUGCGGCCCCCUGGCUAUCUCUCUCAGACGACCUGACCAGUGUGUGCGUCAGUGGAGAGAAGCCUCACGUCCCCAACAACCCAGAGCGCUGUGACACGUGUGUUUGCGUGCUGGGGGCCGACCCCUUCAGUUCCGGCAGUCACUGUUGGGAGGUGGAGGUGGCGGGUAAGACCAGAUGGGACCUGGGGGUCCUGAGAGAGAGUGUGAGUAGGAAAGGGGUCCUAAGUGUGAACCCUGCCCACGGGUUCUGGGCCCUGUCCCUGAGGGACGGCGGCCAGUACAGCGCCUGCACCAGGCCCUGGACCCGUCUCACUCUGAAGAGGAGGCCCAGGAGGGUCAGAGUGUUUCUGGACUAUGAUGCGGGAGAGGUGACUUUCUAUGACCCCACUGACAUGUCACUCAUCUAUACAUUCAGGGACAAGUUUAAAGAGCCAUUGUUGCCCUACCUCUGUCCCUGUGUGAGUGACAGCGGCCGCAAUGCUGAGCCACUAAAGAUAUGCCCUGCCAAAGUCUCAUUGGUUCAUGAUGUUGGUGAUAAAGUUUUGUAGAUUACAAUAUGUCUUUUUUUUAGAGGAGACAUUGCUAAAGCAUCCAUAUGUUUCACUUUCUAUUAUUAACACAAUGGAUGUAUAUUUUAUAUAUUGAUGUAUAUUUUAUAUAUUGAUGUAUAUUUUAUAUAUUGAUGUAUAUUUUAUAUAUGGAUGUAUAUGUGAACGGAACUAUUAUUGUCCUAUAUAAUAUCAUAAGUCAUAUUUUCUUGGCGUGUGUCAAAUGGAAAGAUAAACAAAAAAUGUGAUGAUUACUCAGCAUUUGUGUAACGACGUUCUUCUUUUGUCGAAGGAGAGUCGGACCGAAAUGCAGCGUGUAUGUUACUCAUGUUUAUUUAGUGAAACAAACAAAACGAACUAUACAUGAAUAACAAAUAAAUACAAAAACAACAAACGGAACGUGAAACCUAUUACAGCCUGACUGGUGAAACUAACACAGAGACAGGAACAAUCACCCACGAAAUACAAAGCGAAAACCAGGCUACCUAAAUACGGUUCCCAAUCAGAGACAACGAGAAUCACCUGACUCUGAUUGAGAACCGCCUCAGGCAGCCAAACCUAUUAAACACACACACCCCUAAUCAACUACAAUCCCAAAUACUACAAACCCAUAUACGAAAAUACAAUACAUAAUAAACCCAUGUCACACCCUGGUCUGACUAACUAAUAAACUAAAACACAAAAUACUAAGACCAAGGUGUGACAAUUUGAGUGUAUAUUCUGCAAGACUUGUUCUAAAUGCUUAUGAAUGAUCAUGCUUAUAAAUGUGUAUAAAUACAACAAUUAAAUACUUUUAUGUUCAUGAAUGGCAUGAUUUAUUCAUGAUUUAUUAAUGGUUUAUUGUUUAUUCAUGACAUUUCUUAAUAAAGUGUUUCUUGUCAACAUU